AAAAAGACUAGUCUCUUCAUUUGCAUUCACUUGCGACUUUUAUUUUUAGUGUACUUUUAAGAAAACACACUCCGGUGAGCUGUUGUUAACAGGGAGAGUGUUUUUACCAAACUUGACUUUUGACUUGGAGAAGAUAAGGUAGCGAAACAUCACCCUUGAUUUGAAGACCCGGGUAGCAAAGGCAUAUUGUAAUUAGUUGUGCUGUAUAAUGACUGCCAAUAUUUCUGGAUUUUUCCCCCGUUACUCAAACGCAAACAAGUGUUUCUUCCUUCCCGAGCCAGAUUUUGACAUGAUAGGGGAGCGGCGUGUUUCGAACUUCAUCACAGCGAUUAUCAACGCAGGAUCAUGUCCAGUGGCAGUGUUGGCGAACCUGUUUAUCAUCAUAGUUAUUGCCAGACGCCCUUCGCUUCAGAAUCCAUCUAAUGUUCUCUUAGCGGGCUUGGCUUGCUCAGACCUACUAGUCGGACUUAUAGUACAGCCGUGCUAUGUUACUUUUCGCCUCAUGGAGAACGUCGCAAAGUUCGUGCCGUGCGGCUUUCGUGUUGUGUAUUCCGAAAGUUUCUGGGUUUGUUAUGGGGUAUCGUUUAUGACUCUAAGUGCUAUAAGUAUUGAGAGGUAUUUAGCAUUGCGACUUCAUCUGCGGUACAAGGGAAUUAUCACCACUAGAAGAGUUCUAUUUGCAAUAAUCCUAAUCUGGAUUAUUGAUGUUCUUCUAACGAGUCUGCAAUGGAUUGCUGAAGGUACAACUCAUGUCAGACGAACUCAACUAGUGCUCUUCAUGGUCUGCCUGCUAGUUACACUAAUCGCGCAUCUGAGAAUGCUAACCAUCAUGCGACGACACCAUAAGCAGAUCCAAGUUCAGCUAUCCAACGCAAGCAGCCUGCAUGUUCAAUCCAAACUUGCUGUAAACGUUAUGUACAUUGUGGGAUUUUACCUCAUUCUUAAUAUGCCUGUAAUGGUAGUGACGUUAAGCACGUAUGUUAAUGGAAGUCAUUUUAAUCGAAAUGUUUUCAGCUGGGUUGAGACAAUUGCGUUUUGUAACUCGUCGCUGAAUCCUAUAUUGUGCUGCUGGAGAAAUGCGGAUAUACGGAAAGGCGUGGAAAGCCUCGUGUGCUCCCGAAUUCGAAUUUUGGCGAGUGGCCACAAAACACAAAAUUCAAUCCGGUCGAUCGCAUACAACGAGAAUGGCACAAUCCCUGAGAAUAUUAAGACUUUUGAGAAUCAACAAAGCUAGCUGUAAGUCCACUGAGGACUUGUAGAGACCUCGGCAAUUUAUAAUUAUAAGCUAUUAUAGCGAUUAUAAUGUUGAUUUGAAAAAAAAAGACGCCGAAAAACUGUUUAGUUUUUGGCAUGGUGAUGCGUUAAUUUAAAGAUAAAAGAUAGAAACAGCUAACAAUAAUAAACCAAGGAGUCCAUAAGACAGCAGCAUGUUCCAUUGCAAGGAGCUUGAGGCGUCUUAUAAAGUACAGUAGCUAUCAAAUAUUUGGAAGCGUGCGGUGAAACAUAAAAAACAGUCAAUAUAGUACGCCACCGCGCUAUUAAAUCGAUGCACAUGUUUCUAUUACAAAGAUUAUCUUGACAACAAGACAUUGCUAUCCUUCCUUUCCAUCCCCUCAGAGACAUAAUGUCAAUAAGUCUGUUUAAUUGCGAAUCAGCUGUCAAUUGUCUUGAUUACUCUGCACUUAGGAACUUGAGAGAAGAGUCAACUUGUAGAAAAAGGGGACGAAUUAUUAAAGGAUGACGCAUUAAA